AUGGACUACAGAAAUAACCCAAACGAAAGAUUGCUAGGGUCUUCUCCUUAUCCUCUAGUAAACUGCGCUUACACAUUAGGAACUCCAGAAGAAGCUCGAUCAGAAACCUUUUGGCAGAUGCUCACGAAGAUUGCGUGUCCUUUUUUUGCAGCAAAGACCUUUAUUUCCUUUAUCACUAUCUUUCAAAUUACUUUAUAUGCUAUUUUCACUAAAAAUCCAUAUGUUUCUAUAGUUUCUUUUUUAAUUCCCAAUCUAUUAAAUAAAGAAUAUAUCAUUUCAGUCGCUUACGACCCUAGUGAAGAAUCAUUAUUUCGGCCUUCUUAUGAAGCACUAAACGAUCUAGGUGAAAGAAAUGCUACAAAGUUGCAGAAAUUCCAAAUUUGGAGGUGGAUUACACCAGUUUUACUUCAUGCAAGUCUUUCCCACUUGAUAUUCAACAUGAUUAUGCAAUUAAUUCUUGGCACAAGACUAGAACCAACAGUGGGGAUGAAAAAAACUUUAUAUCUUUAUUUCUUAUGUGAUUUCGGUGGAAAUUUGUUAGGAGCGAUACUAGACCCUAACGCAAGAGCUGUAGGGGCGUCUACUUCAAUUUUUGGGAUGAUUUCUGCAAUGAUAGCAUGGGUGCUUAUGAAUUGGCAUAGUUUAGAAGGAAACGCAUAUAGAGUUAUCACACUAUUGGUAUUAUUGAUUUUAAUGAUCAUGAGCCUUAUUACUGGAAUUGUAAAUCUUAUGUAGGUUUCUACACAAACGGAUAAUUCAGGCCACUUUGGAGGAAUGAUUGUGGGAUUUAUUGCUGCUUAUGCAAUUUUCGACUAUAUUGGACAAGUUUCAGAUAAAGACAGACUGUGGAAAACUUGUGCAAAGGCGGCGAUUUUGGCGUAUUUUGCAGUAGGGCUGAUAUAUUUUUAUGGGUUUAUGGUAAUUUAA